CACGUGACGGCGGCGAACGCCGAGCAGCCCGAGGGACACGAGGAGGCGGCGAGCGUUGGCCAGGCCGUGGGUAAGCAGCUGUCCGAGGGUUUGCACGGGUCGCCGAUGGAGGUCGUGGAGCUCGUGGAGGCGCUGUCGCGGGUCCAGCACGUGGAGGCGGAUUCGGACGGGGCCCAGGCAGGGUCAGAGGGCGCCGAGGCGAACAUCGGCACGGAGGGUGAGGUCACGGACGCGACCGAUGCGGACCUCCUGGGCAGCACGCGCGACAUCGAGGGGAGCAGCAUGGCGGAGAAGCAGAGCGGUUUCGAGGGCAUCGCGGGGCCUUGCAACUUUGGCUCCGUCGACCUC